AUGACAACAACCUUGUGUCUAUUCGGUCUUGGUCUGUGCCUGCUCGCCUCCAUUGUCGGUGGAUGGGACUACUCGGUCCCCUAUGACUACGCGGCGCCUUACUACGCGGCCCCCUAUUACUUUGCCCCGCCGCGCUACGACAUAUCGCCGUGUCCACCCACCGGAGAGGAGAGUGUGGUCUGUGCCGUGGCCCCGGGCGCCCAGCCAGCGACAUUCCCUAGCCCCUGCGAGGUGGAUCGCUUCAGCCGCCAGACGGGCGUAGAAUGGAAGAUUAUCUACGAGGACAGGUGCGAUAAAAUGGAGGAAUGUCCGGACGCUUGCAAUGAGCAAUUCCGUCCCAUCUGUGCGACAUUUCGAUCCUCCAGACGCACCUUUAGGAACUACUGCGAGCUGCUGCUGGUCACCUGCCGCACAGAUCAUCAGUGGAAGAUCCUGCAUGACGGCACCUGUGACAGCAGACUGCCACCUCUCUACUCGCCCCGCGCUCGUAGCUAUAAUCCCUACGAGAUGCACGCCAUUCAGCCCUCGUAUGGACCUUACGGAUCCUAUCGAUCACAGCCAUUGCGAAGGCCACAAACGUUGCUUGUCUCCCCGCCACCGCCGUACAAGGUGGUAGCGUACGAACCAUAUGAGAUUUCAUUGGACAACCUGCCCACAGAGUAUCAAAUGAAGCAGACGUCCCCAAAGGCAUAUUCGACGACUACUCACGUGCCAGAGACUACUACCCAGGAACCUCAAACAAACACUGAGACGACCGAGUCCAUUGAAACAACCGGAUUUACGGUCGCCUCACAGAGAUCUACGAAAGUUUUAACCGUAAAUGCCGUGGUCAUAGAUAAUGAGACUUCUCCAGAACCCAACUCGACGACUUUCCCAACGAAAAAUAAUCCUAAAUCAACUUACGGCUCAACUCCUAUUCCUUCUACAGAAGUGACCUCAACAUUUGCGAACACUCUGAAUAGAUCGAUUAGCAUUAACGCAGUUGGGCUAACUAUUAAGAGUACUACAGAAACAUCGCCGGAGACCACGUAUCCAUAUUAUAGUCCGACUUCUACACCAGAAAAAGACUCAACCACUGACAAGCCCCUGGGACGAUCGAUAAAUAUCAAUGCCGUUUCUAUAGAAGAUGAAGCUUCUACAGAGCCCAGUUCUACAGCAUCUUCCCCAUCUUAUCCAGUAUACAACACGACUGCUCCGCCAGAACAUGCUACAACAACUGCCCGACAACAACAAUCCAUACGGAUAAAUGCCGUUGCCGAAAUAAUAAGCGAUGAAACCUCUCCUAAACAAAGUUCUGGAGUCGAUUCUUCAACGGAAGCAAGCUCAACAGUCGCUCCUUCCAGCUAUGAGAUGUAUCCGUCCUUUCCGGGCACACCAUCCUAUCCGUCCUAUUCAGACUAUUCUGCAUCUGCCUCGUAUAGCCCGACGGCCAUUGCUACCACAGAAGAGGCGUCUACUACUGUUAAGCCUUUAUUAAAAUCCCUAAGCUUAAAUGCUGUGGCUGAGACUAAAGGGGAUGUUUCAGAAGAGGAAACUACCCUCGAUCCUUCAACGGAAGCAAGCUCUACAGUUGAACCUUCAAGCUAUGAGACCUAUCCCUCCUAUCAGGCGUCACCAUCUUAUCUUUCCUAUUCAGACUCUUCUGCAUAUGCCUCCUAUAGGCCGACUGCCAUUGCUACCACAGAAGAGGCGUCUACUACUGUUAAGCCCUUAUUAAGAUCCCUAAGCAUAAAUGCUGUGGCUGAGACUAAAGGAGAUGUUUCAGAAGAGGAAACUACCCUCGAUUCUUCAACGGAAGCAAGCUCUACAGUUGCACCUUCAAGCUAUGAGACCUAUCCCUCCUAUCAGGCGUCACCAUCUUAUAUUUCCUAUUCAGACUCUUCUGCAUAUGCCCCCUAUAGCCCGACUGCUAUUUCUACCACAGAAGAGGCGUCUACUACUGUUAAGCCUUUAUUAAAAUCCCUAAGCUUAAAUGCUGUGGCUGAGACUAAAGGGGAUUUUUCAGAAAAGGAAACUACCCUCGAUUCUUCAACGGAAGCAAGCUCUACAGUUGCACCUUCAAGCUAUGAGACCUAUCCCUCCUAUCAGGCGUCACCAUCUUAUAUUUCCUAUUCAGACUCUUCUGCAUAUGCCCCCUAUAGCCCGACUGCUAUUUCUACCACAGAAGAGGCGUCUACUACUGUUAAGCCUUUAUUAAAAUCACUAAGCUUAAAUGCUGUGGCUGAGACUAAAGGGGAUGUUUCAGAAGAGGAAACUACCCUCGAUCCUUCAACGGAAGCAAGCUCUACAGUUGAACCUUCAAGCUAUGAGACCUAUCCCUCCUAUCAGGCGUCACCAUCUUAUCUUUCCUAUUCAGACUCUUCUGCAUAUGCCUCCUAUAGCCCGACUGCUAUUGCUCCCACAGAAGAGGCGGCUACAACUGUCAAGCCUUUAUUACGAUCCCUAAGCUUAAAUGCUGUGGCUAACACUAAAGAUGAUGUUGCAGAGGGGGAAACCACCCCCAACACCAGCUCUACAGCCGCAGUAACGGCGUCCACAGAGGAAGAAACAUCUUCAGAGCCCAGCCCUACUGCCGCUACUCCUAAGAACCAGUCUCGCCCAUCUUAUCCAACCAGUCCGAAGACUACCUAUAAGAGUAGAAGUGACGACAAUACAUCGGAAUCGCUAUCAUUCUUUAGGGUGAACGCGGUGGCUGUGAAAGAGGGCCAAGAAUCUACACAGGUGUCUAAUUCGACGGCACCGGAGGUAUCACUGUCAUCCGGAAAUGCACCGAACAAUACAAUCGUGGAUUAUGUGUCUGGAAAAGAUGGCGAGAACAAGCACCAUCUUCGGGUAUACAACACAGGAAGCCAAGGGAAUGUGAUUAUAUUUAACAUUAACACUAACUAAUCGAUUGUUUUGAAUAGCAUCAAAGAACUGAAUUAGAUAAUCCGUUUUAUACGUUUUAUAAGAUUAUAUUGUAACCAAAAAAAUAUACAUAUACAUUGUUGUGUUCCUAACUGA